AUGGUCUUGUUCUACAACAAAGAAGACACUCCAUUCUCCAGUCGAAUGAAUCACAAGUCGAUUCGCGAAAAAGAGCGGCGUGAUGAGAUCAACAACAAAAUCAACGAAUUGCGCAAUUAUGUUUGUGACGAUGAAAUCGACAAAAAGGCGAAUGGAUUGAAACAAGCUGAUGUCCUUUGGCGUACUGUUGAACUCGUGUAUAGACUGGAAGGAGAAACGCCCGGAACUUCGUACCAACCGGAGCGCAAAGGUUUCAUUGACGCGUUCGGUUUCGUCGAGAACGAGGUCCUCCAUUUCAUCCGGAAUCUCGGAGUCGAUCCAUCGAUUUGUCAAGACUUCAUUGAUCGCGUCAAAGCGUGUUUUGAGCAAGAGAAACAACAGCUUCUGCUCAGCAAAGGGUCUCCGGGAUUAAAGAAGAAAGGCUCGCCGGUCGGCCGUGUGAAGUCGUCGCCGGAUAGCGAUCGAAGCACACCAUCGCCAUUCAAAAAGUUGGAUCGAAAAAUUAUAAAAAAGAAUCGCGAACAGGAUCGUCGGGAUCGUCAAGGAGAAGCGAUCGAAGCGCUUAAACAUUUUCUCAUCGUCAUUUCAGCGAAUCGGUCAAAAAUUCAUGUAGAGAAAAUGCAGAGACUCACAGUGUUGGAAAACAUUUUGGAAUAUAUUAAAAGCAAAAAGGGAAAUUUCACGACAGAUUGUACUCAAGAAAAAACCCUGUAUCAAGUCGCCUACAACGGCGGAUUCGAGAUUGCUACAAAACUCGCAUUGGAAUUCUUCAAAAACGACAAACAUUUGUGUGUUCGUACCGCUGCAUUGGAAAGGCACAUCAAGUUUCAAAGAGCAUUACAAUUGCACAACACUCAACCAACGCCAGUUCCUUCGGCAGUCUCUGUUGGAUUCCCGCCGAUGCCUUUCGGCUUUUUGCCAGUCAUCCCAAACUUUUGCGUAUCAUCGCCAACGUAUUCAGUCGAGAGUGGAGCUCCAUCGCCCUCAGACACCUCAUCGAGUUCUAUUGAAUCCACACCAACUAUUUGGAGGCCUUGGGUUUGA